AUGGCUGAGACUCAUCCCACACAUUUCACAAAAAACCAAUCAAAGAAUGGGCAAGAAGCAAGUGAAGAAGACAAGCUAAGCCAAGAUUAUAAGGAUCUUAUUCUCUCUCUUCCUAGAGAGAAAGGUUGGACUAGCCCUUAUCUCUAUCAAUUCCAAGGUUUUUGGUUCCGUCCAACUCAACUCCAAGCAAUAAUCACUUUUCAGGAGCACUUCCAAGCCAAAGACAGUGAUGUUAUUGUUGCGACAUUUCCAAAAUCCGGCACAACAUGGUUGACAGCCCUUACCUUUGCCAUUGUCAACCGCCGCCGUUUUUCAUCCUCAGAGAACCAUCCAUUGCUUACUUCAAAUCCCCAUGACAUCGUGCCUUCCUUUGAAUUCACCGUUUAUGCGAACACCCAUGACAAAGUUCCUCACCUCUCCAACAUGAUCGAACCAAGAGUUUUUGGUACUCACAUUCCAUUCCCUUUAUUUGCUGAGUCAAUCAAGGAGUCCAAUUGUAGGAUCAUUUAUAUAUGCAGGAACCCUCUUGACAAUUUUGUGUCUGCUUGGAUUUUCUUCAGCAAAAUGAGGCAAGAGUCUUUACCAGCAUUAACACUAGAGGAAGCUUUUGAAAUGUACUGCAAUGGGAUAAUUGGGUUUGGUCCUUCUUGGAACCAAAUUCUGAGUUAUUGGAAUGAAAGCAUAGCUAGACCACACAAGGUUCUGUUCUUGAAAUAUGAGGACCUUAAACAGGAUGUCAAUUUUCACGUGAAAAGAGUGGCUGAAUUCUUGGGUUGUUCUUUCACUCAUGAGGAGGAAAAUAGUGGAGUGAUUGAAAACAUAAUAAAGCUUUGUAGUUUUGAGAAUAUGAAGGAUUUGGAGGUAAAUAAUUCUGAAGCAACUGGCAGGAACCUUUGGAAAAAGCACUUGUUUCGUAAGGCUGAAGUAGGGGAUUGGGUGAAUUACCUUUCUCCUUCAAUGGUAGAAAAAUUAUCCAAAAUCAUAGAAGAAAAGUUAAGUAAAUCAGGCCUUUCAUUUGAAGCGUACUCUUAA